GUAGGUUGUAAAACUACAUUCAUGGAUGACCAGAUAAACAUUACCUACAUAGCUCUGUCUGGGUAUGUGGAUCUGAACAAAUACAGAUAUUUUUACUUUUUUAUUAUAUUUACAUUGUAUGUUUUAACCGUCUGUAGUAAUGUUACCAUUUUGUAUCUCAUCUGGAUUCACAAAAACCUCCAUGAGCCGAUGUACAUCUUCAUUGCAGCUUUGUUAUUUAAUGGCCUUCUUUACAGCACUAAUAUUUACCCAAAGCUUUUGAUUGAUUUUUUAUCAGAAAAACCGCUUAUAUCAUAUUCAGCUUGCAUUUUACAGUUUUUUGUGUUUUAUUCUGUUGGUUUUUCAGAAUUUUUACUGUUAGCAGCCAUGGCCUUUGACAGAUAUAUGGCAAUAUGUAAACCUCUCAGAUAUCGAAAUACAAUGAGAAAAAGUACUGUGAAUAUUUUCCUGAUUCUAGCUUGGUUUGUACCUGCUUGUUAUCUUGAAGUACAAGCAAUACUGAGUUCCAAAGCUAAAUUAUGUAAAUUUAAUUUGGAAGGAAUACUUUGUAACAAUACUAUUUACGCACUUCAUUGUGUAAGAUCAAAAACAAUUACUGUAGUUGGGGUUGUUGCUUUAUUAAAUGUUGUAAUACUUCCUAUGAUCUUCACAGUUUUUACAUAUAUGAACAUAUUUAUAAUAUCUUAUCAAAGUUCUAAACCAUUCAGUAAAACUACUGCUGAGACCUGUGUACCCCACCUGUUGGUUUUGACCAGCUACUUCUGUUUGAUGACAUAUGAUAUAAUUAUAGCUCGAGUGGAGUCAGAUUUCCCAAAAAUUGCACGCUUUAUAAUGACACUGCAGAUAUUUGUGUAUCAACCGUUGUUUAAUCCAUUCAUAUACGGUUUUAAAAUGAAAGAAAUUAAUAAACAUUUAAAGAGUCUGUUCAGCUCAGCCAGAACCUGCCAGCAAUAA